AUGAACCGUUAUGUUUUGGACCCCAUAGACCGAUAUUUGUUCGUAGAUCGACGAGCCGAGACAAUGGAAGUGAGGAUAAUGCUCGCUUCGUUGGUUCUCAUGGCAGUGUUCGGGAUGGCGUAUUUGGUGUUACGUCACGUGCUCACUCGCUUAUAUUCAAUAGAAGGUGAAACAAAGAGACUACCUAAGGAGGUUUUCCCAACGGAAUCUAUAUAUGUAGCUAUCUAUAAAAAAUUACCACGACUAACUCCUACGUGUGAUGGCCUUGCUGCUGGAGAUCGUAUGGCGAGAGGAAAACAGACGGAAUCUAACUGGACAGAUGCCAUAUUCAACGGUUUCGGAAGCAAGGAUGCGAACUAA